UUCAACUCCUCCAGCUCAGACCAAAUCCGAUCACACAAAUGGAGGUUGCCAUGUCCCUCAACGCUCUCGUUCGACUCCCCCUUUCGACUUCCAAGCUACACCAAGAUGCGCUGCUCCGCCACUCGCUCUUCUCCGCGAGGACGAUGCAGAAGCCUGAGCGGAGGAAUCGCCACGCUCUUCUUGUGGUGGAGGCGAAAGGCAAAAAAGGGAUGCAAGCUCGUCGGUUUCAAAGGGCUGCGCCUCCCCCGCUACCCAAGAUUGAAGACGAUGGAAACCCUAAAUUCGUUAUCUUCAUCCGUAUGGCCAAUGUCUAUCUAUGGUACCCCUUGAGUCUUAUAAAUGGCGGCACAACCGCCAAAAUCAUGGUUGCAGCAAAAGAUAACUUUCUUGGGAAGUAUAUCUACAAAGACACUCUGGCUAGAAAUCUUGCUGCUGUUAUAUACCGUGAUGAAAAGGAGAUACAGAAGACAGCAUUUAAACAGUUUCGCGUGUUGCGGUCAGCAACAGAAUUCAGAUAUGGCUACAAGAUUGUUGAAAAUGGCAAUGUGAGAUCCGCACUGUCUACCACAGAUGUAAUUGAGCUUCCAACACAAGAUCAGCUGAAGACGGUUCUUGAUAAAGUUAAAGACUUCUUCGGAGAUGCAAAGGAAUCAUUCGGCAAACUCACUACACUAGGCUCACUUGAAGGUGAGGAGUCAGACGAGAACUCGGCGGAGAAGACCAAGGUUAAAACUUGAGGCUAGAGUGGUCGCUUUACCGGAAAGCGUCGCAGCACGAAGAACAUCUUAAACCCGAGGGCAUUGAAAGGUAUAUAGAACGGUGGAUAAGCAAUGUUUUUUGUAUCCAAAACUGUUAGAAGAAAAAUUAGGGAGCUUUAUACACGGUAAUGUACACAAGUUCACCGAUGCUUUUUGUUCACAAAUCUUGUUUCUCUGACCCAGUGGAAAUACACUCUUCAUUCUUUCACGUAUUGCAUUGGCCUUGAUUUUGUCUUGUCA